UGUUAAGUGGAAGGGAGCAUAUCCGUGUUCUGAUUGGCUCCUGGCUCUUGAAGCCAACAUUCCACUGUGACUUCCCCACUGGCCAAGUGUGGUCUCUCACUCACCUGGAGGUGUCCACUGUGUUGGGCUGCCCACUCCAAGUUCACACUGCCUCAGGCAUCACAGGUCUGAUCACGGGCUCCACGUUGGACUAAUUACAGCGGAAACAUGUUUGUAUCACUCACUACUAUCAUCACUCUUCUUGGCUUCUCUUCUCUGCAUCCCACGUCUGGCCAGGACUGUGCUAGCAGAAUGGAAAUUCAAGGAUCCCUGAAACAGAUCCAGAAACUUCUUUCAGCUCAUGAAGCCUCUUAUGUUCAGAGCCUGCGCAACCUGAAGAAGAAAAUAAACCUUAUACAGAGUAGCACAGGGAAGCACUCUACGAGAACCGUAAACAGUACCUGCCCCAAACUGGAUGUGCCUUACAAUGGGAGGAAACUGGGUAAAUCACACAGCGUGGGCCAUGAGGUUCAUUUUUUGUGCGACCCUGGCUAUGAACUUGUGGGAACAGAGAGCAGAAUUUGUCAGGAAAGUCUGAGCUGGAGCGGCCAGCAGCCAAUAUGCAAAGAAGUCAACGAGUGUGCUUCCAUCCCGUGCCUGAAUGGUGGAACGUGUUUGGAUGACGUUAACCAGUUUUCUUGCGUCUGUCCUAAAGGCUGGGCUGGAGAAACUUGCCAAAGCCCCGUGCCAACAUUCUUUGGCACCAUUACAAACACUUCCGCUGCCACAUCCCCAACCUCUGCUGCCUCUGCUACACUGGCAUCCGACACGGCUGGCUCCUUUGUGCGUCCAUCACGCUGCAGCACUGUGCAGGGGACCACCCACUGCACUUGUGAGCCAGGAUACACCAUCUCCGGCAGAGACAGCACCACUUGCACCGAUAUCGAUGAAUGUGAGCUGUUUCAUAAUGGACAGGCCGGGAGACUGUGUUUACACACAUGUGUUAACACCGCUGGGGGUUAUCGCUGCACCUGUCCCGCUGGAUACAAUGUGACCCGCGAUGGACGCAGCUGUAAAGACAUUGAUGAGUGUGCCAGUAGACAAAAUAACUGCACCAGGGAGCAGACCUGCAUCAACACAUACGGAGGCUUCCAGUGUGUUCGCGUGGACUGUCCAAAAAAUCCUCAUGCCACUUACGUCAAAACAUCACCCAUGCGCUGUGAGCGAAAUCCCUGCCCUGUGGAUAACAAGCUGUGUUCUCAGGCUCCAAAUUCCUUCUCCUACCAUUACCUGGCAGUCGUAUCCAACCUGUCAGCCCCCCGUGUCAUGUUCCGGGUUUCGGCGUUGCGUCCAAUAGGUGACACGCUUCGCUUCUCUCUGCUGGGUGGAAGGCAGGCUCGGCGCCACUUCACAGUCCAGCGUUCAGAUCGCCUGACAGGUCAGCUGAUGCUGAGCAGCCCAGUGCAGGGCCCUGCCACUCUGGAGGCUGAGGUGGAGAUGACUGAGCUGGAGAGAAGGGUCCAGCUCGGCAGGUACAUAACCAAAGUCACCAUGUUUGUUUCUCCAUAUGAGUUCUAAAACAAAAGAUGGGUAGGAGUCAAAGGUCAAACUAAAUGCUAUUCAACAUAAACAUAAACGUUGCUCUUGCACUGCUGCUUGGCUGUAUUGGAAGACAUCCAUGCAUUGCUAAACAAAUACUAAUAUGGUGUAAUUCUUUUCAUGAAUUCAGCAAAACAUUCAUUGUGUAGACCACGUAAAAAUAAAUAAUUCUAUUCCAUUAAAUAAAUUCAAUUGACUUAAAUCAUUACAAAUACAGGUUUAUUUGUCUAUCGUAUGUAUGCCAGCAAGUUAUAGCGACAGGCAGAACAAUGAAAGGCUCUUUAAUGGAAUAGGCUACAAUAAACCUGUGUAUUGCCGCUGGCCAGUCGUAUAACUUAAGAACAGAUUUGUGUUAAGUUAAACUGACCAACAUUUCACACAAAUAGUCAAUAUGUCAGUAAAAUGAGACCAGAUUAUGAUUUUUUUUAGUACAUAUAUACUAAUUGUGAUGUUUUUGUUUACUGGUGUGCAGUGAGAUUUUUCUUAUCUAAAAUGUAUGUCUUGCCCAAUAAAGUUUGGGAAAGCUGUUAUAGACGUUACUGUUAAAAGUGUUAACUGAUUAAAGCACUAGUUCGUCACGUUCUGAAGUUUGUUGCCUCAGAUGUGAAUUGAUAUCAUAAAUGCUUUUAGUUCCGAUGUACCUAUGUAUUGAAAUGUGAACAUUUUACAUCUCCCAAAUAAAGAUAAGCAUUUAAAUAGA